AUGAUCAGCGAACAUGUUUACACAUGUCCGCCGAGAAGCAAAGAGAGCAACAUGCUGCUUGAGUUGUUCGUCCAAAUCGCCAGGGAACCGUGCUUCUACGAGCUCAGGACCAAAGCGCAGCUCGGCUACAUUGUGCAAUUGACCCAUGAUCGCCAUUCGUCGAGUCAAGGCGUGGGAAUCGUGGUGCAGUCGGACAAGCUUGUUCCUUAUGUGCAACGCAAAAUUAAGGAGUUCCUGCGAAACAUGAAGUCAUACCUCAAGGAAAUGAGCGACGAGGAGUUUGAGCGGCACAAAAAAGCCCUGGCUGCGCUGCGGCUGGAGAAGCCCAAGAAGAUGAAAAACCUAACGAGUCGAUACUGGGCCGAAAUUUCCGACCAAACAUACUGCUUUGACCGGAAGAAUGUCGAGGUCGAAUCUCUCAGGAAAAUCACCAAGGACGACGUGAUUAAGUUUUACAAUGAGUACAUCCACCCCGAAGCGGCAGAAAGGCGACAGCUGAUGGCGGUCGAGAUGAUGCCAACUGCGGAGGGAGGCGCUGGAUCUGCUGGUGCUGAAGAGUACAUCCACCCCGAAGCGGCCAAAAGGCGAAAGCUGAUGGCGGUCGAGAUGUUGCCAACUGCGGAGGGAGGCGCUGAAUCUGCUGGUGCUGAAGAUUGACAAGUUUGAGCCGUUGUAGGUCGUCCGCAAGCCAACGCGAAUCGACGACAUCUGCAGCUUCAAGAGUGGUCUGUCGACCUUACCGCUGCUUCAACCUUAUGCUCAUCACAGGCCGCAAGAUUCUAAAGUGAAACUUGAUACAUUAGCAACGUCGGUCAUAUAAAAUAUGUUCCACGUUUUUUAACCUUUUUGCAUUUAUUGCCAAGCGAUUGCAAUAAAUUUGAAUACAAAUACCAUUCAUUUCCGUAUAGCAUUUUCUAUUUUUUUUUAAUUACACGCAUAAUAAUAGUGUGGCUUAAGCAACCUUGCAAUGAUCGAAAGAAAUAAAUCUGAUUUAAAGUGCACCAACACUUUCCUUUUUAUUGGCCCCAAAACAAUUUGUCAACACGAAGU